AUGACGGAAAUAUUUGACAGUAAAGUCUGCACAAAGAAAGCCGUUCGUGAGCUGCAGCGGAAAAUGCGAAAUGAACUACGACAGCUCGAUCGUCAGAUCCGUGCCAUUGAACGAGAAGAAAUAAAGGUCAAAAAUCAAAUAAAAGAGUCAGCGAAAAAAGGUGAUCGAGAUGUAUGUGUGGUGCUUGCGAAGUCUAUUUUACAGUCAAGAAAAGCGGUAUCAAAAAUCCAUGGAACAAAGGCACAGAUCAAUUCAGUUGUUAUGGGAAUGCAACAACAGCUUGCGACGGUUCGUAUGGCAGGCUCAUUACAGCAGUCCACAGAAGUAAUGAAAAAUAUGCAACAACUAGUGAAGGUGCCUGAAAUAAUGUCAACAAUGCGUGAACUUUCGAAAGAGAUGACGAAAAUAGGUAUUAUAAAUGAAAUGAUUGAGGAAACCAUGGAAUCAGUGGAACCAGAGGAACUUGAAGAGGAAGCGCAGGAAGAAGUAGAUCGGAUAUUGUAUGAAAUCACAGCCGGUGAAUUAGGUAAAGCACCGUCUGCUGUCAAGGACACACUUGCAGUGGAACCGGAAAGUGUGUUGGUGGAUGGCGUUGAUUAUGAUGAGAUGCGCGCUAGGUUAGAGUUCCUCAAAAAUUGA